AUGCGCGUCGUCAGCCCAUUGCCUCACGAUGGGACGGCCACAUCGCCGUUCUGGUCUGAUCCCAGUCUUUUUGACCGAGUAUACCUGUUCGUCGACCUCGAGGGCACCUGUCUUGGUGCCAAGCAGGUGACUGAGAUUGGCAACACCAUGGUCGACACUAGGCUCAUCGCCGCGGCCGACCGCCCCAAGCUAUCCGCAUACAUCUUACAGGAAAAAUCAGAACACCGGAUCGUGUCGAAGUUCAGACGACUGACGGAGCGGAGCUGCACCGCGCGUUGGCACGCUACCAAACCGCACGACGCCGGCUUCGAGAAGGACGCUUUCCUGCGCUGGGGGCUCGAGGAGGUCUUCAACAGGUAUGCCGCCAACCUGCGCCUGGUGGAUCUGCAGCUCUGGUCGCCUUUCAAGGCGAACAUCUCUGGCAGACGGCGCCAGUCCGCGGCCGACGUCAUGAGGGCGCUGAGUAUACCUUUCUGCACUGCGGGUGUAGAUUUGCGGCACUGUGCUCAGAAUGACGCCUUCUUCGAGAUGUUGAAGUUCUUCAGAGUGAUCACGAUGACUCCCGAGGAGUUCUCGAGGUACAUUCAUGGCCAGAAUCUAGAACAGAUCAAAUUGGGAGUGGAUGAGCGGCUGCUCGCCAGAAACAUGGCAAUGGACCCAACGGCUGAGACGGUGGAUCAUCGUGACAAGUCUACGAAGGGAGUUCAAUCGAGCUUUACUGAAGCGCAGCUUUCCAAAGCCCCCGGUGUCGCUCCACUGGUUGCCUUCACGUCACAAAGUGCUAUUUCAGCUUGGGGUACUGGCCCGGAUUAA